AUGGAUAACGUAACAGGAAUAAUACAUGCCAUAUACAGAGGGUUUGUGGAUAGUUUAAGGGGAGCUAUUGUUCUAUUUUAUAUGGAUAAACGUAUUAAUGAAAAGUUAUUGAAACAGUCCCCUUCUAGAAUAGAAACUCAUGGAAAAGAUAUGGCAGUUGCACAUAAUCCUUCAAAAUGUUAUAAUCAAUUAAGAGAAUCCAAAGUGUUAAAAAGAACAAUUCAGUGUUGUGCAUUAAACGGUGGUGUAUUUUGGGCUAGUAUAUUGAUUUUUGAAUGCGGUAUAUUACCAUUACUCAAGUACUUACUAAGCAUUAUAUUUGGUCAUUCACCAACUAUGGGUAUGACUGUAUGGUCUUGGACAAAACCAUUUUUAUCACUGACAUUUGGCACUGUAUGGGUACUACCCCUAUUUCUGCUCAGUAGGAUAGUCAACAGUUUAUGGUUUCAGGACAUAGCAGACAGUGCUUAUAGGUAUAGACAAGGAAGGCCGUUACUUUUGUCUAGUGUGAGCAAACUUGUAGCUGAUACGCUUUUCAGCAUAUUAGUCCAAGCAUUAUUUUUGGGGCAAGGAAUGUUGGUAUCCAGGAUUCCAUUACCUCCUGUAGGUGAUAUUCUUGCCCUUAUACAUAUGUGCCUUUUAUAUGCUCUCUAUGCUUUUGAAUACAAGUGGUUCAAUAUGGGUUGGGAGUUACAUAGACGGUUAAGUUUCAUUGAAAGUAAUUGGCCAUAUUUUGUGGGUUUUGGUCUGCCAUUAGCAGUACUUACCCAAAUGCCCAAUUCUUAUGUAAUAAGUGGCUGUGUUUUUUCUAUAUUGUUUCCAUUAUUUAUUGUGAGCGGAAAUGAAGCAGAACCUGUAACUGGAGUAUGUGACUGUCCAUUAAAGUUAUUUUCACCAGUAAUUGCGAUUGCAAAUACACUUUUCAAUAAAACAAUUGGACCUGCAAAUAGGCGGUGACAGAAAGGGAUAUAAUUUGCAAAUUCGUUCGGAGUAAUAAAUAUGUAGCAAUAAACCAUCUUUUCAGGUUUUUACAUAUUUUUAUUAUUUUCUAUUAGCUGUAUACUUCGUUAAUUUUUCUGUAUUAACAAAGCAAUUAAGAAUACAAUUUUCAUAUUAUAUAUGAAUAUAAACAAAAUUUCAAAUAUAACUUUAUGUAAUAUUAUUAUAUGUAAAUAGAAGGAUAUGUUCACAAAUAUGAUGUACAUACGCGGUAAGGAAUAUCUGUGAAUGCUUUAUACCGAGUAAAGUGUUAUUUAAGAUAUACACUCAUAUCUGUAAUGCUAUUUAGAAAACCAGCAUACACGUUCCUUGCUGUAUCACACGAGAUUAAAUUAAAGCUCGCAAUUUUAUACAGUUUUAUUAUUAAUAUUGAAACAUAAAAAGAUAAUGUUAGAAUAAUAUUAAAAAUAUCUUUUACAAAUUAUAUGCGAUAGGAAAACGUCAUUGCCUAAAAAUUUGCACAAGUGAAAGAUAUAUUUUUCUUGUUAUACUUAUAUAGUACACUUUUCGUUGUAGUAAUUAAUAAGAAAUGUACAUGGAAUGUUUCUUUUUUCAUUCUUAAGUUUCAUGUCUUGCUUUGAACAAUAUGAUACUUGUAAGCUUCUAGCGAUUAGAAUGCUAUAGGUAUUUCAGUAAUUUAAUUAUAUAUUCUAUUGAAAUGAUCACGAUAUAAAAAGUAAAACAUUUGUUACAUCAUAAACAUAUGUAAAUGAUUCUAAAGAAAUGAAAAAAUUUGUAAAUAUAUCGUCUGAGCACAUAUAUUUUAUACUACUUAAUAAUUGUACUUGAUAUUAUAUUAUAAGAAAGAAUUUGUCGUCAUUUUUGAAAUUGUAAAGCCUUGACUUUUGUUUUACCAUAACUAGUCAACUUUAAGACUUAGAUUUUAAUUUGUGACAAUAAUGUUUAUUUUAAAAAAGAAGUUAGUUUAUGUAAUUAUAUUCAUAGAAUAAUGAAGGGUGUUGCAUAAAGCAACAAAUGCAUGUAUUCAGGUUGUGCUUACGCAGGAGACGUUUAAUUAAACCAUGUAGCUUUGUAAGAAUAUAGUAUAAUCAAACGAAAGUUUCAGCUCAAUAUUUGUAAAAUUACGAUUUUGAUUUUUGCAAUUUUAUUUAUACAUUAUUUUAAUAAAUGUUACGUUAAAAAAA